AUGGCCUGUGGAAGCAACAAGGACCGUGGAUGCUGCUCCGGCUCUCCCAAGAAUGCCAGCGAGGCCAUGAAGCCUGAACCAGCAGCAUCUUGCUGUAAAACUGAGGCUGAACCUGAUGUCUCACCGACCGCCAAGCCCGUUGCCUGUUGUGAUCCUGAAGGCGAAGAACGCUGUGAUGAAACGUGCAUCCAGUCCCUUGCGGCGUAUGAGUGUCAAAAGGCGUGUGACAGUACUCUGGGAACUGCCGUCCAAGAACACGACGAACACGUCCAUGAGCACGACGACGAUGGCAAACACGCUUCCGUGGCGUGCAGCAGCCAUCUACGCUUGGCAUUUGACCGCUUCAGCUCGUAUCUAGAGACUGCUCAGUGCAUCUGCCGUAGUGUCAUUGCCAAUCACCAUCUUACGCCUUGCUGCGCCGGACAGGUUGCCACUACCAAACAGGCUGAGAACAAGCCAAAAUGCGGCACUACUACUUCGGCAGCCGAGAAUAAACCAAAUCGCUGCAAUACUGCUUCGGUAGCCGAGAAGGAGCCACACACUCACGCCCAUUCUCACGACCAUGGACAUGGACAUGCUUCUGAUGAGAAAAAUGGCCUGCACUCAACUGACGAUUCAAGCUGCUGUUCCGACGGCCAUGAUCACGGACAUGUCGCCAAAGAAGCAGCUGUCAUCAAAGGUAACGUCGUCGACCUGGAAAAAUCCGCCGGACAUGAACACGUCCUCCUCUCCGUCACCGGCAUGACUUGUUCCGGCUGUGGGAAUAAGCUAUCCAAGACCCUCCAGGAGAUGCCCGCCGUUUUUAACGUGCGAGUCAACUUCGUCCUAGGAAAUGCCGAGUUUGAUCUCAACACCAAGGAGCUUGGAGUCGACGCCUUGAUUGAGAAGGUUGAUCGAGUUACCGGCUUCCGCUGCACCAAGUCCAGUAAUGACGACCAACAUAUCGACCUUGUCAUUCCUGCGGGCUCCUCCAGCUUGACUGCCGAAAGCCUGCCUGAGGGUGUGACUCAGGUUGACGUCGUUGAUGCGAAGACCGCUCGAGUUUCGUAUGAUCCCUUGGUUAUUGGGCCAAGAGACCUCAUACGUGCCAUGGGGGAUCGCACUACUGGAAUUACUCCCAUCAACCACAAAGACCCGUCAGCCACUGCGGGACGUAAACGGCUGUACUCCAUGUUGUUCAAAACUACAUACGCUGCCGUCCUUACUAUCCCCGUCCUAGUGCUUGCCUGGGGCCAUACCCUAACUGACAUGCGUACCAAGGCCAUCGUCUCCCUUGUUCUGGCAACGGGGGUUCAAAUCUUAGCUAUCCCGGAAUUUUACAAGCCCGCCAUUUCUUCCCUGAUCUACAGCGGUGUCAUUGAAAUGGAUAUGUUGGUCGUUAUCAGUAUCACGGCUGCAUAUGUCUACUCUGUCGUCGCCUUUGGGUUCACAAUGGCAAGAAAGCCGCUCCAGACAGCCGAGUUUUUCGAAACUAGCACUCUCCUCAUCACUCUUGUCUUGUUCGGUAGAUUGGUUGCUGCUUAUGUCCGUAUUCGGGCUGUGGAGGCUGUAUCUACUCGAUCGUUGCAACCUGUUACUGCGAUGCUCCUAGAGGGGGCUCAGACUACAGAGAUUGAUGCCAGACUUUUGCAGUUUGGUGAUAGAUUUAUCGUCAUGCCUCACUCUAACGUGCCUACUGAUGGGAAGGUUGUCGAAGGAACCAGUGAAGUUGACGAAUCCAUGCUCACCGGAGAGAGUCUGCCAGUUCUCAAGGAAAAAGGUUCCCAGGUCAUUGCCGGUACCAUUAAUGGCUCGGGAACUUUGACUGUUCUCUUGACUCGCCUGCCUGGGAAAAAUACCGUCGCCGAGAUCUCUAACUUGGUUGAGGAGGCAUCGAGCCGUAAGCCAAAGGUGCAGGAUUUGGCAGAUAGGGUCGCCGGAUGGUUCGUGCCUGUUGUGACUGCUGCGGCCUUGAUUGUCUUGAUCGCCUGGCUACUUAUCUGUCUUCUGGUCCGCCACCAAACUGCCGGUGGUGCAGUGGGAACUUCCAUUACCUACACCAUUGCUGUCUUUGCCGUCUCGUGUCCAUGUGCUGUUGGCUUAGCCGUUCCGAUGGUCCUAGUAGUUGCUGGCGGCAUCGCUGCCCGCGGUGGAGUGAUUAUUAAGUCUGCCGAGUCUACCGAACGCGCAUACCGCGUGAGCGAUGUCGUUCUAGACAAGACAGGGACCAUUACAACUGCCGAACUCGAAGUCGUGGAAACCAAAAUCCUAUCGGCGUCAGAGGAAGAGACUCUCGCGAUUACCAGCGCUUUAGUCCGUGAUAACAAGCACCCUGUCUCGGUGGCUGUUGCAAAACACCUUGAAGCCCAACCCUACCGACGCCUCGAAAACAUCCGUAUCAUCCCAGGAGCAGGUGUUGAAUGCGUUGUUGACGGUUCUACUUUCCGCGCUGGUAACGCUCGAUGGCUACAGGUUCAAACCCACCCAGAAGUCUCCCGUAUCAUUGACAACGGGAUGACCACCCUCUGCAUCACUAAGGACUCCGAACUACUCGCUGUAUUCGGCUUAAAGAACAACCCCCGCCCCGAAGCUGUAUCCGUUAUCAAAAAGCUCCAGAAGCGUGGGAUCACCGUCCAUGUCGUCAGCGGAGAUGAAGUCAAGGCUGCAGAGGAAAUAGCCGCCUUUGUAGGCAUCCCUCGCGAAUACGUAGCUGGCCGUCAGAGCCCAGGCGACAAACAAGCCUACGUCCGCGGUCUCAUGGAAUCCAAGAAGGUCGUUCUCUUCUGUGGAGACGGCACCAACGACGCCGUUGCAAUCACCCAGGCAGACGUGGGCGUUCAAAUUGGUUCUUCCUCCGACGUCAGCAGGGCCACGGCCGACGUGGUUCUUCUCAGUGGUUUGGAGGGACUCGUUCUUCUCCUCGAUGUGUCCAAGGCGUCAUUCAGACGAAUUGCAUUCAACUUCAUCUGGUCUGGCCUGUAUAACGUCUUUGCCAUCCUUCUUGCUGCUGGUGCAUUCGUCUAUGUGCGUAUUCCCCCGGCGUAUGCUGGCUUGGGCGAGAUUGUCAGCGUUUUGCCAGUUAUUCUUGCUGCCCUUAGCAUGUUCUGGACCAGACGCUCCUUUGCCAACUAA